AUGGAGAAAAGAAAAUUUGAGGAGGAGGCUUAUGGUGGGGAAGCACAUGCACAAGAGGCUGAAUCGCCUAACCCUAUACAAGCUGUUGUUCCUACAACAACGGGAGACAAAGGAAAGAGAAGAGCUGUAGUAGCUACACAAAUUGGAAGUUACUUUAAAGAAAGAACUACUCCAGGAUCUCAACCGACUUUGAGAAGUGUUUUGGCUAGCAAAGAAAUUGUGCACAAGGCUAAGUUGGGACUUGCCAAAUGGAUUAUUGAUGCACGUAUUCUUUUCAAUGCAAUUCAAUCACCUUACUUUCAACCUGCAUUGGAUGGUGUUGCUGCAAUUGGACCUGCUUUUAAGGGACCGUCAUAUGAUGAAAUGAGAGUUCAUUUGCUGGAUGAUCUUAAGAGAGAGUGUCAGUUGCUGGUUGAAAAGUAUAGGAGCUCAUGGAAAAGCACGGGUUGUACACUGAUGGCAGAUGGGUGGACUGAUCAAAGGCAACGAACUUUAAUUAACUUUCUAGUUUAUUGUCCUGCUGGUAUGUCGUUUGUUAAGACUGUUGAUGCUUCUGAUGUGAUAAAAACUGCCAAUGCAUUGUUUAAUUUGUUUGCUAAUGUUAUUGAGUGGGUUGGGCCUAGUAACAUUGUGCAUGUGGUCACUGAUAAUGCUGCUAAUUAUGUAUCUGCUGGAAAACUUAUUCAUGAAAAAUACCCAAAUAUAUUUUGGUCUCCCUGUGUUGCCCAUUGUAUUAAUCUUUAUAUUGAAAGAUAUUGCAAAAAAAGAAAAAGUUGGACAGAAAUUGUUCGACCAGGAGUCACACGUUUUACCACUGUUUUCAUUACUUUGAAAAGUAUAUAUGAUCACAAGGUAGAUUUGCAGACAUUGAUGGUAGACCAAUAUUUUACUUCUCAUAAGUUAUCCAAAAGUGCUAAUGGAAAGAUGGUUAGCUCAAUUGUCUUGAACAGUAAGUUUUGGCAAGACUGUCUUACCACUGUAAAAAUUGUUGGUCCUCUUAUUAAGUUGUUGAGGCUUGUUGAUGCUGAUGAAAAAACCUCUUUGGGAAUCAUGUAUGAAGGCAUGCAAAGAGCAAAAAAGGCUAUCAAGACCAUGUUCAGAAAUCGGAAAGCUGCUUAUACGCCAUACACGAGUAUCUUGAAAAUGAGUUGGGAUAAGCAUUUGAAGCGUGAUCUCCAUGCGGCAGUGUAUUUUUUAAAUCUGGGCAUUUUCUACAGUGAGGGUUUUGUUGAGAAGGCAAAUGUUUUGAGAUCUUUACUUGAUUUGCUUGAUGUUGAAACACUUUGUGAUGACUCAGUUGCUGCAAUGCAAGAGAUACAGCUGUAUCGAGAUUGUAAAGAAAGUUUUGGGAGGGAAAGUGCUAAGAGAGCGGCAUCAAGACUCGAACCUGGUGAAUGGUGGAGGCUACACGGUGGGAGUGCUCCUAAUUUGCAAAAAAUGGCAGUUCGUCUUCUUCAUCAAACCUCUUCUUCAUCUGGAUGUGAGAGGAACUGGAGCCUUUUUGAACAAAUCCAUUCAAAGAGGAGGAACCGAUUAGAGCAUCAAAGGUUAAGCGACAUUGUUUAUGUCACCUAUAACCUACGCCUUCAAUCUAGGUUGCAUCGAAAGAAGAGGAAUUAUGACCCAAUUGACAUUCAAAGCAUUGACACAGUAGAUUUUUGGGUAAUGGCAGAUGAGGAUGAUCCUGAAUUUACUAAUGGAGAUGUUGAAGGCAUUGAAAGUUUAAUAUACACUGAUAAUGCUAUGCCUUCGUAUCCUAAUGAUGGUGGAGACAUGGAAAUUGAAGUGGAUAUGCUUGAUGUUGUAAUUGAAUCCUCAAAUACUUCUUUUGGUGGUAUUUCUGAAGAUGCUGGUUUUGGAUUACCUGUUUAUGAUAGAGACAUCGAAACACUUAAUGAUGAUUAUGACUUCUGA